GGAGGAUGUGGAGGUGAUCGGGCCUGCCGAUGACUGGUGCCAGGAGCGGAGAUCGGCCUCUGUGGAGGAGGCCCGUGAGAAUUGGUCUGAUGGAGCAACGGCACUCUGCGCAGCUCGGUACAAAAAAGAAACAAUGCGACCAGUGUGCAUACAGCACGGAUCAUACUGGAAGUUUGACUCAGCACAAGAGAACACACACAGGAGAUAAACCCUUCAAGUGCAGUGUGUGUGAGAAGGCAUUUGCAAAGUCAUCACAUCUUAAAAGACACCAGAGAACACACACAGGAGAGAAACCCUUCAAGUGCAGUGUGUGUGAGAAGGCAUUUGCAGAGUCAUCACAUCUUAAAAGACACCAGAGAAUACACACAGGAGAGAAAUCCUUCAAGUGCACUGUGUGUGAGAAGGCAUUUUCAAGUUCAUCUGAUCUUAAAAGACACCAGAGAACACACAAUGGAGAGAACCCCUUCAAGUGCACUGUGUGUGAGAAGGCAUUUGCACAGUUAUCAGGUCUUCAGAUCCACCAGCAAAGGCACACAGGAGAGAACCCCUUCAAGUGCACUGUGUGUGAGAAGGCAUUUGCAGAGUCAUCACAUCUUAAAAAACACCAGAGAACACACACAGGAGAGAACCCCUUUAAGCACACUGUGUGUGAGAAGACAUUUUCACAGUCGUCAGUUCUUCAGAGCCACCAGAGAACACACACAGGAGAGAAACCCUUCAAGUGCACUGUGUGUGGGAAGGUAUUUUCAAGUUCAUCUGAUCUUAAAAGACACCAGAGAACACACACUGGAGAGAACCCCUUCAAGUGCACUGUGUGUGAGAAGGCAUUUACACAGUCAUCAAUUCUCCGCAACCACCAGAGAAGGCACACAGGAGAGAAACCCUUCAAGUGCAGUGUGUGUGAGAAGGCAUUUGCAGAGUCAUCACAUCUUAAAAGACACCAGAGAACACACACAGGAGAGAAACCCUUCAAGUGCAGUGUGUGUGAAAAGGCAUUUGCAGAGUCAUCACAUCUUAAAAACCACCAGAGAACACACACAGGAGAUAAACCUUUCAAGUGCAGUGUGUGUGAGAAAGCAUUUGCAGAGUCAUCACAUCUUAAAAGCCACCAGAGAACACACACAGGAGAGAAACCCUUCAAGUGCACUGUGUGUGGGAGCGCAUUUGCACGGCCAUCGCAUCUUCACGAACACCAGAGAACACACACGGGAGAGAAACCCUUCAAGUGCAUUGUUUGUGAGAAGGCAUUUGCAAAGUCAGCAGUUCUUAAAAAACACCAGAGAACGCACACAGGAGAGAAACCCUUCAAGUGCACUGUGUGUGAGAAGGCAUUUGCACAGUUAUCAGGUCUUCAGAUCCACCAGAGAAGGCACACAGGAGAGAAAACCUUAAAGUGCACUGUGUUUGAGAAGGCAUUUACACGGUCAUCAGGUCUUCAGAUCCACCAAAGAAGGCACACAGGAGAGAAACCCUUCAAGUGCACUGUGUGUGGGAAGGAAUUUUCAAGUUCAUCUGAUCUUACAAAACACCAGAGAACACACACUGGAGAGAACCCCUUCAAGUGCACUUUGUGCGGGAAGGCGUUUGCACGGCCAUCACAUCUUCAAAGACACCAAAGGACACACAGUUAUCAGAAGAUCCCCAAGGAGCGGAGUCUGAAAUCGGCUUGUGAAAGUCAUAGUGCUGCAAUGAGCCCAUCCCUGCUGAAAAAAGAACCAGAAUUUAAUUCCAGCUUGGACGCAAUGAAAUGUAUCAAGGUGGAUUUUGAAGAGGCGAAGGUGAAAUGUGAAGAAGUGAUGGUGAAGAGCGAAGAAGUGAUGGUGAAAUGUGAAGAAGUGAUAGUGAAGAGCGAAGAAGUGAAGGUAAAAUGUGAAGAUGAAGAUUCAACUCCAAAAUUGGGAGACGCGCAGAGGGGAGAUUUUUCGGAUAAAAACAGCAACACAACACACAGUUCAGCUCGACAUGGGGAGCUCGACAAGGGACAGCUCGGCAAGAGACAGCUCUCUCAGAAGAGGGCGGCGAGCGGCAAGCUCCGGGUCGGGUUAUCGACAAAGAGCUCGGGGCAGGAGGGAGCGCGUGCGGCGCAGCUCCUCCAGCAGGGGAAGGAGCCUGCUGCUGUCAGCGGACGGGCAGCUAAGCCGACGCCCCGAGCGAGAGAGAGCAACGAAGCCGUUUGUAAGACACGCCCACCGUUGUAA